AUGUCCGUCUUCAAACGUCUUUCCGGUUUUUUCUCAAGCCCUACUCCAGAAGAACUAGCUGCGGCCAAAACAAAGGUCCAGGCGCUGAUCAAUGAGAAUGGCGUUGUUGUUUUCUCGAAGAGCUACUGCCCCUACUGCGCUUCCACUAAACGAACAUUGAACAAGCUCGGCGCUAAAUAUGUUCUACUUGAAUUGAAUGAGAUCGCAUUAAGUUACGAUGCGAUGCGAUGCCAUCACCAAGUAUUUAUUUUCGAUGCUAAAUAUUUUGAUAUUGGAGAUGACGGCCGAGCUCUUCAAAGCGCUCUUCAAGAAAUCACGUACCAGACCACCGUGCCCAACAUCUUCAUCGGGCGGAAGCAUAUUGGCGGCAACUCAGAGCUCCAGGACAUUAAAGAGCAGCUCCCUGAAUUUCUCAGACAUGCAGGUGCCCUAUGA